AUGAACUCCGGGGAGCGUCGCUACGUGCGCGCGAGCGACCGACGCCUGGCCGAAGUGGCCACGCAGGCCGCGGCGCGCAUUGACCUGGAGACGCUGCGGCAUCGGCGCUCAGAGGCGUCCGGCGUGACGACGGAGCGGUCGCUUGACGGGACGGUGGUCACAGCCACGUGCGUGAUCGAGUGCUCGGCCAAGGAGAUGCACGCGAUGCUGGCCCCGCCCACGAGCGAGCGCUACGCGUGCAUCAUGCGGGAGUUGGUCGGGCCGGACUUCAUCUACGGCGCCAUCGUCCACCACGCGGAGGAGAUCUCGGACCAGAACGUGACGGUCAAGACGGCCACGUUCGUCAAGCGCCACAUGCUCGCGCGUAACGAGCAGUGGUGCUUCGUCACCGCCGUCAAGGCGCUGGAGCCCAGCGAGGGCAGCCACGGCGUCGGGUUCACGGUCGCGCUCGCCUCGCUGCACCCGGACGACGUGUUCAUCGGCAAGGCCCAAGCGGCCAGCGUGAUCCACCUCCAAGGGCUCUCGGCCAUUUACCUCGUGACCCCCGAGGAGCCCAGGAAACUACAAGACGGACGGACGAAGCGCGCUGUCCGCGUCACCUUCUGCGCGCACGUGGCGACAGGCCCCGGCUCAAGCAGGCCGUCUCCUCUUCCGCUCCGAUGGCUCUUUUCAACGGUAAGGAACCGUGAAGAGGCCGACGACGCGUCCAACGGAGCAGUGCUGGCCCGCGUGGUGCAGCUGGCCCGCGCGCUGAAGCAGUUCCAGGUCGCAGUGCGUCGGCGUCGACUGGAUGCGCAGGUGCUGGCUGAUCUCCGGAAGGUGCAGCCGACUAACACUCGCUGCGUGUGCUGCACGCGUCGUGUGGGUGUUGCCAGGAGUAUGUUUGGCACUUCGAAGCGAGGCAGUACGGAAGACGCGACAAUGGCCCGGGGCUCCAAGCGCUGCCAACUGUGCGGCUUCCUCGUGUGCGCUCGCUGCGUCUGCACGAUCGGCAAGAACUCGUUCGCGGGCGAGUCGUCCGAGGCCUCAAACAAAAGCAUCAAGUACAGCCAAGCCGUGCACUUGUGCGAGCACUGCAUGCAGCGCGUGGACGACGCCGACUACGACAACUUCUGCGCGUCCAACGACGGGAUGUCUCCUUCCAGCGGGCCUGUCCACCCGGACACGCCAGAUACAGAGCCUGCCAGCGCGGUGAUCGCUCGGGCGCUUAGCCAAGUGCUUGGCGAUGCAUCCAAGGAAGAGAAGCCCGUAGUCAUCCGCGUCAUUAAGCACCUCCUCAGCCCCACGCAGGAGGAUAAAAGCAAGUUCCGGGCUAACUCAGCUGAUCUGGCCAAGAGUCUGGGUCGUCUCGCCGAAGAGCAAGGGUUCGCGGAGGAAAUUCCAAAGCCAGCGACGAAGACGGCCCCCGAAGUCACUCCAGUCCCUGAGGUUACCCCGGAGACCCCUUCGAGUCCAGUAGACGGCGAGACUCCUCCACUGGCAGGUGCAUCCGGGCGUGAGUACGCUCUGAAGUAUGCCGACUUGAGUGACGAUGAUACUGAUAGCGCCGAAGACGCUGAAAACAACGAAGCUGCUGAAGAGGUUGUUGACGUUGCGCACCAUCCUGUUCCAGCGGACGAGGCCUACCGAUUGCAGUGGAUUGACACUCAUCCGAAGAUCGUCACGCACAUGAUGAACCUGCCAGACCUCGAGCUGUUGUGCAACAUCGCGCGUGGCGAGCUGCAGUGCGAUGCUACGCUGGUAACCAUCAUUGGACCCCAUUGCUCUUACGUCGUGGCGUCCACUGACCCUGCUUGGCGAGGCUGUGAAAUCCCCCGCGACCACUCCAUCUGCGCUCACACCCUCACGAAUGGAGCUCCGCUGCUCGUCCGCCACCCUGAGGCCGACGUGCGCUUCAGUGCGAUGAACCUCGUCCGUCGGGACGGCGUGCGCUUCUAUUUCGGCUUCCCCAUCAAGAUUUCUUACCCGGAAGGAGGAGGCACCACUGCUGUCGGCACAUUUUGCUGUGUUCACGCCGGCGAGACGCGCGAUGUCUCGGAGUCCCAGUACGCGCUCAUGGCGACUCUCGCUGAAGGCGCCACGCGCGUGAUGGCAUGUCGGGCAUCCCGCCUACUUGAAGGUUAG